AUGGGAUUCGGACUAUGUAAUGCCCCCGCGACGUUUUCAAGGGCAAUGAAUCUCAUUUUGCGCGGGCUGACUUGGGAGAUCGCUCUCGCAUUCUUAGACGACGUCCUGGUCCUUGGAAAGAGCUUUGAAGAACACUUAAAAAAUCUUCGGAUAGUGCUGAACCGAUUUCAACAGUUUGAACUGAAAUUGAAGCCAAAGAAGUGUUCUUUAUUCCAAACAAAGGUCGAGUUUCUCGGAAGAGACGUCGAUAAAACUGGAAUUCAUCUCAGAGCGGAACAUGUCCAGGCCGUUCAAUCAUGGCCGGUGCCAAAGAACACCCGUGAAGUUGAGCGUUUUUUGGGACUCGUAAACUACCACAGGGUUUUCUUGAAAGACUACGCAAAGGUAGCUGCCCCCUUAUACGCACUAACAGGAAAACAAGCAUUCAAGUGGGACGAAGCGCACCAGUGUGCUUUCGAAUCAAUCAAGCACAUGCUUAGUACAGCUCCGGUACUUACUCUCCCGAACUCCACUGAUGGAUUUGUGCUAGACACGGAUGCCUCCGAUAUUGCCCUUGGAGCAGAACUUAUACAAAUCCAAAAUGGUGAGGAAAAAGUGAUAGCGUAUGGAAGUUGUGUACUUGCCAAGGAACAACGAAGAUACUGUGUGACAAGAAAGGAGUUACUAGCGGUUGUUUUGUUUACACGAUUCUAUCGCCACUAUCUACUAGGAAAACCCUUUCUUGUCCGAACGGACCAUAGCAGCUUACGAUGGCUAUUGAACUUCAAGAGACCAGAGGGUCAGAUCGCGCGUUGGAUCGAAGAAUUAAGCCAAUAUGACUUUCACAUUGAGCAUCGAAAAGGGAACAAACAUGUUAAUGCAGAUGCGUUAUCCAGAAUCCCUCAACCUCCCUCCACCUGUAGCUGUUAUCAACUAGGUAGUAAGCUGAAGGACCUGCCGUGUGGCGGAUGUCAUCAUUGUGAGCGUGCGCACAAGCGGUGGGCGUACUUCGUUGAGGAAGUGGACGACGCAGUGCCGUUAACCAAACGCUCCCAAGUCUGCGAAGUAAGUAUGACGGUACCAUGUACAAGUGAGUCUCCGCUCAGCAUUUCUCCUCAGGCUAAGGAAAUCGGUGAGCUACGAGAAAUUCCAAGUGAUUCUCCGCCCAGCAUUUCUCCCCAGGCUAAGGAAAUCAGCGAGCUACGAGAACUCACAAUUUUACGGUGUAGCAUUCCCACCGUGAGCGCCAUUUCACUUUCAGACAUCAGCGAUGAAAACUUCAGGGAAGCGCAAGAGAAAGAGACCUAUUUCGGACCCAUACGUGCCUGGCUUGAGUCUCAAACGGUUCCGUCCCAAGCGGAAAUCAUGCUUUGGGGUGCGGAGCAAAAGUUCUUAUGGGUCAAUCGGGAUCUUCUCAUUCUUAAAGAUGGUCUACUGUAUUGGAAGAAGGAUGAACAGCUCUUUGUUGUUGUGCCCCGUGCGCUAAGAGAACAGAUUAUGCAAGUUAAUCAUGAUCUCCCUUCUUCAGCACAUCCUGGUUGUGAUCGAACCUUUGCGAAGAUACGCCAGAAGUAUUUCUGGUAUCACAUGAAAGACAACAUACAGUCGUAUGUCAUGGCCUGCCCUCUUUGUAAUAGGAACAAGAAGCCGGAUCGUCAUCAGCGUUUUCCCCUUACCCGGUAUCAUGCCGGUGUUCCAAUGGAAACGGUACACCUAGAUUUUCUUGGCCCCUUGCCUAAAACUACUAAUGGGAAUGAGUAUAUCUUGAUGAUCGUCGAUCAGUUUACUAAAUGGACAGAAGUCAUUCCCCUACCCUCCCAGACCGCUGAAGUGACAGCGCGGGCAGUAGUAAAUGAAUUUUUCAGCAGGUUCGGUUAUCCUCUUCAAAUCCAGACCGAUCAAGGCCGAAAUUUUGAAAGUGCCCUCUUUCAUCAGCUAUGUCAGUUGUUGCAUAUUCAAAAGACACGUACCACUGCAUACGGACCUUCUGCCAAUGGGCAGGUUGAACGUUAUAAUCGUACAUUGAUGGCAGCAGUUCGCUGUUACGUCGACAAGACCCAGACGCAGUGGGAUAAGUAUCUUCCUCAGAUCGCCGGAGCUAUUAGAGCAACCGUUAACCGCAGCACAGGAUUCACACCUAAUAGACUCAUGCUGGGACGUGAAGUGAAUCAGCCCACUGAUUUAGUAUUUCCUCUUCCCUCCAGCCAGGAACGUAAACUCCCCAGCGAGUUUUGUAAGGAGCUAGGUGAUGCAAUUCAAACUGCUCAUGACACUGCACGGAAAAACCUUCAUGCCACCCAGCGAACAAUGAAGCGUGAUUAUGAUGUGCGAAGCCAGAUGAUGGAAAAUUGA